UAAUAAGAUGUGAGAACAAAUCCAGGCCUUCAAUUUUAAGAAACGGACGGUGUAAACGGUAUGAGGUGCACAAAUAAUUCCUACAUUGCGUCACACCUAAUUGCAUCUUACGAACAGAAAAAACCAGAGACCGCGUGCGUGGAGGGUAUAAUAGUCACUUGGGAAAAGAUACCUUCUCUGGAGUUCCGUUUUCUUGUUUCCACUUCCCGAAAAACUAGCCAUAAUCACGCAAGAGCUUCCAUUCAUCACACGACUGACAAAAAUAAAGAGAAUUAAAAAUGGUAACUACCGAAAUUGAUGUGCGAGAGUACCAAUAUACUGUCUCGGCAUCGAUUUGAAGUAGUAAAGUUUUCCAGAGCCAAGAGUGCAAGAGAAGGACGAAAAUGAGCUCUGUUCAAGAAGAGUAUGCGAUGAUGAACCAGAGCAUAGCCGAUGAAGAAGGUCAUGAACAUGGAACGAUGUACAGGGGGAAGCAAAACGAAAAGGAAGAUGGUGCUCGUGUGGCUAGCAAAAUGCAAAAAACUUCAAAAGAAGUUGCAAAAAUAAAUGAACAAGUGCAAAGCCAAGGUACAAUAGUGGUAAAAAAGGUUGACUUGAACAAGCGUGCCAAACAUGUGUAUUUGGUUUGCUCUGAAAGUGGAAAUUCGUCACCAAGCCCACGUCGUAGUGGUAGGAUUCAACAGGCUUCAGCUGCACAAAAAGUGGAUGGUGAGCGUGGAACAAUUUCUGGAGUGUUGCAAUACAAGGAACAACACAAAGAGGUGGGCGGUCAGCUCAUUGGUGACACUGUGAUUCACGAGAGUGAUGAUGACUUUCAAGAGGCACCAAUACAAAAGACAAAGAGAGCAGAAUGUAGUGUGCGUGAUGAAGUGGUCAAUGUGAAGAAAAGAAAGAAGGGGAAAAUUACGCUGAUGAAGGAAGGGCUGCCAACACUUCAAACCAGAUCAUCACCAAAUGUAUUUGUGAGAGCAGUCAAGCAAUUCAAUGACAAGCAAAAGACUGAAGUUGAAAGAAUUGGGUUUGGAAGCAUGUUAAGGUUGGAAACACCAGAGAUACCUUCAAAGCUGGCUUAUUGGGUGUUGAAAUCUUUCAAUCCGAAAAACUGCAAGCUGGAAAUACUUGAUGGCAGUGUGCAAAUCAAGGAGGAGGAUGUGCAGAUAGUGCUCGGAUUUCCAUGAGGCAGCAAACCUAUACUAAAAAAACAUAGAUUAGCAAAAUGUGAGGUGCUAGAUGAGUGGAGAGCACUAUUUAAGAAGAAUGAGAAUCAGAUUACUCCGACAGAAGUAUGCAAGGCGAUGUUGGAGUGUACUGAGGGCGGAAUAUGGUUCAUAAGGCAUUUCUUGGUCCUGCUCGUAUCUGUGGUAAUCGAUAGCUAUCAAAAUAGAUAUGCCAACCAUCAAAUCAUAAACAAUCUCGACACGAUAGAAGGAAUAAAGGAUCUGAAUUGGUGCGAGUUUGUGUUGUCUUCAUUAAUUGAUAACAGAGAGGCAUGGGAGCAUAACAAAUUCAAGAUCUUCACCGGACCAAUAUUGUUUUUAAUGGUAAGAUGCAAUCAGUUAAUAUAUAAUGAAAAUGUGUACUGACAAAAAAAAAUGCAGGUUUUUUAUGCAGACAGAGUGGUGCUUUCCAAGAAGGCAUUCCCGAGGACAUUUCCAGCAGUUGUUGGAUGGACAACAAGUCACUUGAGAGCAAGAGAAAAUGCAGAGGUUAAGGGAGGAGGAUUUGGUUUGGGUUACAUUGAUGAGCAGAUGAAGAUGGAAGAGAAAAAGGGAAGAGAAGAGAUGGGAAGCAAUGACAGAGGAGAGCCUGUAGCGGGGACUAGUGCACAAGUACGAGGCACUGACGAACAGGACACAUGUGAAGAGGAUGUCAUUGUCAAAUUGGAGGCUAAAUCUGACAUGUUAGCCUCGAUAGCAAUUGAAAUGGUGAGUUUGAUUGAACAAGGGCCAAGUGAUCUUCAAGUGAAAGAAAAUAUGAUCAAAAUUGUGGAAGUGGCGAAAGUGCUGAUUGGAUUAGCACAGAAACAGACAGAAAGCCGAACAGAGACACCAAGGCAGCUAGAUGAAGAUGAGAUAGCGGACCAAUUGUUUUGGUCAGAUCCUAGGACUUUAUAUGCACUAGAGGAGGCUGAAAGAGAUGAGUUGAAAAGGGUUCAGAAUAAACGCAGGCUUGAGGAUAUUCCUACCUUUAGCUUAGGGUUGACACAGGCUGAAAAAGAGAAUGAGGAGGGGAGAAUGUUGGAAAACAAUAUUCACAAGAACAAUGCAGAGGUGAAUGAAGGUCAAGUGGUGGUUCACACAAAACCCAAUAAAGAGGGGGACACUGUAACAGUUGAUGACAGACUUCGAAGAAGGCUCAAAACAGCGGUUGUUCAUAAAUCGCCAUUCAUUAGUAGAACUGUUGACCCAAAUGAAGCAUUUUCGGCGGUAGAAAAGGCUAUUUGGUCGUGGAUCUUACUGGAUUCUGUUGGGGACAGUGAGGUGGUGGUUUUUAAAUGCAAGGGAUUGAGUGUGCCAAAAUCUGGUUUCAAAUGUAUGAAAGGGAGUGGACAUAUUCAGAGUGUUGUACUGAGGACUUGGGCCACUGUGUUGAACAGCAGAGAAGAGCACAAGAGUGAUGAUUCACCGUGUCGGAUUUUCACAAAGCCCUUUCCUUGCGUGUACAGCACGGACGGAAGCAAAAUGACAACGACCGAACGCUUUUUACUGUUUGGAGAUGGCAUGGAAGAGGCUUUGGAUGUGAUGAAAGAGUUUGUUAAUCUCAGUGACAUUGACAUGGUUUUUGUGCCCAUUGAGCAGCCUAACCAUAUGUACGUUGUAUGUGUGAAUCUGAAAAACAAAAAGGUUGAAAUACUGGAUAGCUCAUCCGCCAAAGGAGAUAGAUAUGGUCAAAUGGGAGAAAUUGUUCGAGAUAUGCUUCUAGAGUAUGUGAAAUAUAGCCCAUUGGAGACAAAGGCCGCCAUGCUCGAAAGUGUUAAACCAAAACGUUUGGUCAUGAAAUGGAGGGAUGCCAAAAACAGUGAUGAUUAUGGAAUUUACUGCAUGAGGCAUAUGGAGACGUAUAAAGGCGAAGGCGUACAAGGUUGGGAGUGCGGGCUGGGCAAAAACGACAAGAAGAAGAUUGCAUCACUACGGUUUAAGUAUGUUGCUGCUAUGCUUUAUGCUGAUGCAAACGAGCUGAAAUUGGAAGUUUUUAAUCAGGCACGUGAGUACGGCAAGAAGAAAGAAAAAGCGAGAGGGAAAAAACCACGACCAUGAGAAGGGCUUUAAUUUUUAAUGAUGUG